AUGAAUGAAUGGAAACUAGAAUGUCAGAAAUCUAGCAUAGGUAACUUCAGUCUAUUAAAGAGCCUGGAUAUCCCGGUCCCUGGACAACAUAUAGCUCACCACGAGUGGGUGAUACUGAAUCGACUACGUACAGGACAUGGCCCCUCCGGAGAGAUUCUACAUAAAUGGAAAAUAAGAGAUUGUCCAGACUGUGACUGCGGCCACUCUUUACAGUUUAUCUUCUACAUAAUAAGUGAUUGCCCUUUCCGUGCCUUUAACGGGACAGUGAAAGAACUCCACGAAGCCAUUGAUAAAGCGAUCAAAUGGAUAAGGACACUUGACAUCAAACUUUAG